GUUGCCUUGGUGACAUUGUUUGGCUCCAGGCGACCAUCCUUGAAACUGCCUCAGCAGGCCCUGGGCCACCAGAAGGGAGGUAACAUUCAUGGGUUGAGAACAGGGUGUUCUGGUGGAUCGAGGACAGCCUGCUGGCUUCACCUGGGUGACAAGUUGAGAAGUCCAGCAUCCCGCGGCUGUAAGACUUCCAGAGGUACGUGUGGAGUCAUCUCACCAAGCGGCCGAGGUGUUCGUCCUUCAGGUUGGUGAAGUGCGGAAGACCAGGCGCAGACAUGUCUAGUCCACAGACAUUGGACAUCCCUGCAGUGGUUUUUGACAACGGCUCGGGACUCUGCAAGGUAGGCCUGUCUGGGGAGAUUGGACCCCGUCAAGUCAUCAACUCUGUUGUGGGGCAUCCCAAAUUCAACAUCCCUUCCGCCAGGGCCAAUCGCAAGAAGUACUUCGUGGGGGAAGAAGCCCAGUACAGGUAUGAUGCCUUAUAUCUGCACUACCCGAUUGAGCGUGGACUGGUGACCAGGUGGGAUGACAUGGAGAAACUCUGGAAGCAUCUUUUCGAGUGGGACCUGGGGGUGAAACCCAGCGAACAGCCCAUCCUGCUGACAGAGCCUUCCCUGAACCCGAGAGAGACGCGCGAGAAGACUGCGGAGAUCCUGUUUGAGAAAUUCAGUGUGCCUGCGCUCUACCUGCUCAACCACGCGGCGGGAGCGCUGUAUGCUUCGGCCUGCGUGACCGGCCUGGUGGUGGACAGUGGCGAUGGGAUCACUUGCACUGUCCCCGUCUUUGAGGGCUACUCCCUCCCGCACGCAGUCACCAAGCUCUAUGUGGCAGGGAGAGACAUCACAGAGCACCUCACACGGCUCCUCCUAGCCCGAGGCUGUACCUUCCCUUGCAUCCUCAACAAGGCCGUGGUGGAUGACAUCAAAGAGAAGUCCUGCUACAUCUCCCUGGAGCCCGAGAUAGAGCCAUCCAAGAGGCGGCAGGAGGUCCUCACAGAAUUCAAACUGCCCGAUGGCAAUGUCAUCCACAUGGGGGACCAUCUAUACCAGGUACCUGAGGUCCUCUUCGCGCCCGACCAGCUGGGCAUCCAUGACCCCGGGCUCUCCAAAAUGGUCUGCAGCACUAUCUCCAAGUGCGACGCUGACAUCCAGAGCAACCUUUUUGCAGACAUCGUGCUGUCUGGAGGCACCACGCUCUUCCCCGGGCUGGAGGAAAGGCUCAUGAAAGAACUGGAAGAGAUGGCUUUCAGGGGGACCCCCAUCAAGAUCACUGCUUCUCCUGACAGAUGUUUCUCUGCGUGGAUUGGUGCAUCCAUCAUGACUUCUAUGAGCAGUUUCAAGCAGAUGUGGGUCACUUCUGAGGACUUUAAGGAAUUUGGCAAAUUCGUGGUUCAGAGAAAAUGCUUUUGAAGAACAUUGCACGCUGCAAACACCUCAAAAUGCGGGUACCAGCUGCAGUACCAGCUGGUGGUGACAUGGUCCCUUGGCCUUCAGUACAAUAUUCAAUAAACCACUUUCCCUGUA